GCAUUGAUUAUCUCCCAUUAAUAGUCGACCAAUCAAAAAGCGUUAAAUUCAAAAUAUUCCGCCAACUCGAUUUGCUGAAGUGGACGUUUUGCCUGUUCGCUGUCAGUAAAAAUGGAGAAGAAUUCAGCAUAUGAGUUUGCCUACAAGAAAAAGUCAUCUACAAUUGACAAAAGAGCAUUAAGAUUACAUCGCCGUUCAGUGGAAUGGAAAAGUAACCGCGAUGAAAGACUGAACAGUGCACGAAACUUAGAGUCUCUGUCCCCUCUCCAAGAAAUCAGUCACAAUUCAACUGUAAAUCAAAAUUACGAAGGCAAAACCCCAUCAAAAACUAAUGUGGAAUCUUGCAAAGUGACUAAAAGUCAAGUAAAAGGCAGUGUAAAAGAAAAUCAGCAAAAAGUAAUUAAAGACAAGCUUGCAAAAUGGAAAGCUGAAAAAGAACUUAAAAAGAAGUUGGCUGCACAAGAAAAGGCAAAGAAUCAACCAUUUAAAGUCACACACGUAGAUUACAAAGAACUUAAUAAGAUACGCAAACAGGCAAAGGUAGAUAAAUCAAUCCAGCCACCACCAACAAAUAGAAGUCAAAGUAAAGAUACUGUCAAGCCAGUGGUUAGAACAAAAGCUCAAGUAAAGCCAUCAGUGAUUGGCAAGACCUCCGCAAGACCAGUUCCUACAAAGCCAGUCCAGACAACAAAGACUAGCAAUAGAGGACAGUUAAACAAAGUUACUAAACCAACAACUAGAAGUCAGAAUAAAUCAGCCCAGAGCAAGACCACGAAAGAAAAACCAAAUCUUCAUGUUGAUCUCCAUAAAGUAUCUACAUUGAGAGGACAAUCUUUUGCGCCUGAAGAAUUCACCUUCACAGCUCCAUCUAAUCUAUCCUCUUUUGUGUUCAAGCCCUUGAGUCCUAGUACAGCUGCAAAUUUUCUUAAUCCUUGUCAAGACGCAGGAGCAUCAUUUAUAGGAACACAUCCUAAAAGAUGUUCAACGCCAAAAAGUUCGGACAAUGUGAAGAAGGAGAUGCAAAAUGAUUCCAAUAUGGAAACAACUCAGAAUGAACAGACAUUUAAAGGUGAUACAGAUGAGACUUUAAAAAGUGAUGUAACUGUACAGGAUGAUAUCUCUGUGGAGAAGGAUAAAUUGAAACCAGGCAGACAAAAAACUCCUGUAAGGAGGAGAACUCGUUCACAGAAAAUUGCAGAAUGCACUGAAUCAUUAAAUGAAUCAAGUAGAAGUGGAGCAAGAUCACAGGAUAGAUCCAGUAGACCACUGUCUCAAGGGAAGAGAACACUAGACAGAUCUACAAAUCGUAGAUUGUCUCAUGGUAACAAAGAUAGAUCUCUCAGCAUUCCAAGAACAAGAUCAUCAGCAACAAAUACACCCAGGAGUUCAAGUGUCAAAAGAUCAAGAGUAGAUAAUGAGCAUAAUGAUGAGGAAAGAGCAACAAAAAGAUCCAAAUCUGUCCAUGUUGAAACACCUAAAAAUGUUAAAAAAGAAACGCCUAAAUCUAUUCAUAUAAAAACGCCUGGUAAUUCUGUUAAAACUGAAACACCAAUUCAAUCUGUUGAUACUCACUCACCUGCUAAACCUGUUGAUUAUCAAUCACCAGGUAAAUCUGUUAAGACACAAUCACCUGUUAAUACAGAAACAAAAGAUACAAGCCCUAAAGAAUCAGUCAUGGAAACAGAGACAGCUGAGGAACCAAUAAACAAACCUGUAAUGAAUUUACAAGAAACUAUAACUGAAGAGAAGAAAUCUACACCAAAAAGACGAUCCAUGAGAAUCUCACGUAAAUCUUUGUCUCAGAGUAUAAUUAUAGCUGAACCAACCAAAGAAGAGUCUGGAAAAACUGAAAUGUUGGAUGAUGUUUUUGAAACAACUGAAAAUGACGAGAAAGCUGGUAAUAUUGAAGAAUCAAAAGAAAAGAAAGACAAUGUGGAAGCUGUGGCACAUAAAACACCAUUGGGUAGGAGGAAAAGUGUAAGAAGAUCUUUGCAUUCAAGAACUGUAACAGAUGAUAAAGGUUCCGCUGUACCUUCAGAGCCAAGUCAGCAAAAUCUUACUGAUGAUACAGAAGUUAAUGAGGAAAAUGUACAUCCUUCAAAGAGAAUAACACGCAGCACAAAGAGAAGGUCGUUCAGUUCAGUCGAAUUUGCUAAACCAAGUGCAGAUUCAAUUGUCUUGUCGGCCAAGAGAACUGCUAACAAAAAGAAGAGGAGAAAGACUGUAUAUGAUCACACUGUUGUCAAAAGCCCUGAAGAAUGGAUUAAACUCCUUCAAGACAGUCCAAUGGUAGAAAUGAACAGGAGGACACUUAGAAUUAAAACUCCACCACCUCCUGCUUUAGAUUUUGAUCUAGAUUUAGAUGAGUUGGAAGAAAAUAACCCCAACAAGAUUUUAAAUUUCUCAAACUGUGAGGAUAAGGAAAAUAUACCCACUGUUCAAGAUGAUCAAGUUGUGGAAAUGGAAACCAAUGAUGUUGACCAAAUUGAACAACAGAAGACCAGUCCACAAACUUAUGAUACACAAGAGCUUCAGGUUGAUGAAGUGUCUACAACACAGGAAUCUGAGAAGAUGGAAGAGGGAAACACAGAAGAACAUGAUGUUGCUUACUUUAGACAGUUACUCAAGUCACAAACAGACAGGCUAAACAAGCUUUGUCAGAAAUGGGACGAUAUUGAUACAUCUAACUUGUCUGAAGAUGGUAAUAUAUUGUUAAACCCUUCCUAUGAUAUUAUUGAUACAUCUAACUUGUCUGAAGAUGUUAACGGACAGCUGAGAACAGUAGUAGGACAAGCACAGUUGCUUAUAGCUCAAAGGUUUAAGCAGUUCAAUGGUCUUGUUGACAACUGUGAAUUUAAACAAGGAGAGAAGGAAACAACUUGUACAGAUCUUCAAGGUUUCUGGGAAAUGAUAUAUUUUCAGGUUGAAGAUGUGAACCAGAAGUUUAUAGAUUUGGAUAAAUUGAAAGCUAACAACUGGGAUCUAUCCAGUAUACAACCAAAGAAACAAGUUAUAAAGAAGAAAGUGGCUACAAAAGCAGUUGUAAAGAAAGCUGUGAAGUCAAAGUUUUCUGCAUUUAGAGCCCAGAUGAAAAAUAAGAACAGUGCUUCUGAAGACAAAACAUUUGAUUUUGGUUUCUUCAAAGUUCAGAGUCCUGUGAAAAGUCCAAAACCACAUUGUGCAGCUGGAUCACCAAGACAAAUGCCAAGACCAGAGGUUGAAGUGAAGAUUGAUACUGUUGAAAAUACAGAGUCAACAGAUUCAUCAGACCAAACUAAUACUGCAUUGUCAGCAAAUUCCACACCAAACAACAAACUGACCCCUACAGUUGCCAUGGACGAUCUGACUACACCUAUAAUGACACCACUCAAGAGAAAGAGCUAUUUACCUAAUGUACCAAGUCCUUUACUGCAAGACAUUACCCCACAGCCAAGAGCUACGAGGAGCAGUGCAUACAGGAAAACACCUUUGCCUAAAAAUUUAUUAUCAGAUGUAGAUGACAAUGUUAUUUUGGAAGAGCAAUUGACUACUAUUGCAGAAGAUCUGGCAAACGAUUUAUCAGAAAAGAAAACAAUAGAUUUUUCAGAUGAUGCACCAGAGUCUUCCCCAGCAACAAAAUCUGAACGUAUAACUAGAGUUCAGUCAGAGAGCAAACCAAGAAGAAGAUCACUACGUACAAGGAAAUCUGUGUCAUUCUGUGAUAGUGUGAUUGUACCCGAUGAAGAGGAGGUACAGCCUACAGAGGAUCCUUUCUCUAAAUAUUUACAACCCAUGACACCUAGGAUGUCCAUGGCACCUAAAGGAUACAGUGUCUUAGACGCCAUACCAGAUGACUCAUUUACAGCGCAAGCUGAGGCUGGAUCUGACACUGUUUUCUCUCCAGCAGCAUUAAAUUCUAGUCACAAUGAUUCCAGUACAGGGCAGAACAGAACAAGACAUUCAAGUUUGAAACAGUUACCAACCAGAGAAAGGAGAAGGUCAUCAAGAAAAAGUGUCCAGUUUAUGUCUCCAAAGCCACAAGAAAGUGAAAAUAUUAAUGAUGAUAUUUUAACAACACCUCCAAGCUCCAGACCAACUCUGUCUAAUACAUCAACACCCGAUAGUUCUGAUAAUGAAGUAAACAGGUUUUCUAGUUUAAACAUAGGAUUCACACCAGUAGCUAAAAGUACUAGACCAAGCCUGUUAUUCACACCACCUAGAGAGGCAGAUUCAUCAUUAUCAGUGACAGCAGAUGUUCCUAUUGGACAGUUAAUAUCCUUCACCCCAUGAGGAACAGUGAAUAUAGUGAACUAAAUAAUAACAGUGCUGAAAUAUUGCUCGACCAUAUUUAUUCAACAUUCAAUGACUGUUUCUCAUUUGUUUGUAUUAAAUGGAAUCAUCAUUCAUCAAUAAUGAAUUGGUGUCGUCAAUAUAUAUUCACAGGUUCCUCAGUUGAAAGUAUCAGUGGGUGUUCUUGUAUACAUGUGUAAAUCUGAAAGUGCUGGAGUAUGGAAUAUUUUAUUGGUACACUGCAUCUACAAUAUAUCUGUUUCAAAUACAUGCACUUAUACUAUAGUUUGAGGUGAAAGAGAAAAUAUUUAUAUGUGUUGCUUUUGACCACAAUGUUAAUAUGUUGAUUGUCAUUCGAGUAGUAGUGACCAAGAAAAAAUCCUCGGAAGUCAAGCAAACUUCUAUACAACAAUAAGUUUAUGAAAAUAUCUGUUGUAUUUAGAAAUGUAAUUUGAAAAUCUUCAAAACUGACUUUAUUACGGACUUUAUUGGCUAUAGUCUAAAGAUUUAAAUACUCAGGGAGGGAGGGUAUACUGCUUUACCUCUGUUUUAAUGUACCAUUAAACUCACUGCACUUUUCUCAGGAAAUAUUUUCCAUUUGCAGCAGAUUAAAUAACUUGAAUAUAAAUAUUAUACCUCACUCUGGAAAUGAUAUUCUGGUUUUAUUUGUCCAUCCAUCCCAUUUUUCUCAGGAAUUACAAUUCAGUAUGAUGCCUAUUCACCCUAUUACUUUUUAUGAUCAACUUUAUGAUUUUAGGGUAGUUUUAUAUUCUUAAUACUUAUUGCAAUGUUUGUUAUUAUUGUAGUAUACAAGAUACAUGAAUAUAUUAUCAGAUUUCAAAUAGAAGUAUAACAGCUUUCAAAUUUCUAUGAACUAUAAUUGAAUAUGCUAAUUUGAGGUAUAACAAGAUCAAAGAAACUUUUUUUUUAAUUUUUUUUAUAUAAAGUUUUUGGUAUGCAUUUAUGAACAAUUAUAGACCAGAGUAGGUCAAUAUAAUGCUUAAUGUUUUUCAAGUAGUUUUGCCAAAAGUAAAUUGCACAUUCAUAUUUCCUUUAAUAA